AUGAUGGUGGAAUCCGCAUCAGAAGCAAUACGCAGCUCGGCCGCCAAUCAGAAUGGAGUUAGCAGUUUAAGCAGCCAGCCGGCGGCCGGAGGUCGUGAUGGGGGGGCCAACGGGGAAAUUAAUGGGGAGGUCAGCCCCGUGGACUUACUGCAUCUCCAACAGCAACAGGUCCAGGCCCUGCAAGCCGCUCGGCAGUUCCUGCUUCAGCAAGCCACGGGGCUCAGCUCCCCUAACGCCGUCGACAAGCAGCCCACCGUGCAGGUGCCGGUCUCGGUGGCUAUGAUGACCCCCCAGGUGAUCACCCCACAGCAGAUGCAGCAGAUCCUGUCUCCGCCCCAGCUCCAGGCGUUACUGCAGCAGCAACAAGCCGUCAUGUUACAGCAGCUGCAAGAGUACUACAAGAAACAGCAAGAACAGGUCCAUCUCCAGCUGUUGUCUCAACAACAACAACAACAGCAUCAACAGCAUCAACAACAACAGCAGCAGCAACAACAACAACAACAGGCUGGGAAACAGGCUAAGGAGCUGGGGAACAAGCAGCUCGCCCUCCAGCAACAGUUCCUGCAGAUGCAGCAGCUCCAACAACAGCAGCUACUGAGCCUUCAGCGUCAGGGCCUCGUCACGCUGCAGCCUGGACACUCCCCACUGUCCCUGCCCUCCCUGCCACAAGCCAUGUGUCCCACUGACCUGCAGCAGCUGUGGAAGGAGGUGACCAGCGCCCAGAACCUCGAGGACAGCCUCAAGUCUGACGGACUCGACUUGUCCAGCACCUCCCCCGCUUCCACCUUCCUCACCUGCAAGAUCUCCCCCUCCAUCUCCCACCACUCGCUGCUCAACGGGGGGAGCGCCAUGCACACCCCCAAGAGAGAGAGUGUAUCACACGAGGAGGCCACGGGAACACACCAGCUGUAUGGGCACGGGGAGUGCAAGUGGCCAGGCUGUGAGGAGCUGUGUGACGACAUCGGGCAGUUUCUCAAACACCUGAGUAAUGAACACGCUCUGGAUGAUCGCAGCACAGCUCAGUGCCGGGUACAGAUGCAAGUGGUUCAACAGCUGGAGAUUCAGUUGUCGAAAGAGAGCGAGCGAUUGCAAGCCAUGAUGGCUCACCUGCACAUGCGGCCAUCAGACCCCAAGCCCUUCGCUCAACCCCUGAACCUGGUAUCGAGUGUCACCCUGUCCAAAGCCGAGCCAUUUGGGGACCUGUUACCGCACACGCCCACCUCGGCCAGUUCCCCGGCCACGCCCAUCCGCCAGGGGCCAUCCGUCAUUAGCUCCGCCUCCUUACACAGCAUCGGGAGCAUCCGACGGCGGCAUGCGGACAAGUACUGCCUCCCCAUCUCCUCAGAGCUGGCCCAGAACCACGAGUUUUACAAGAACGCUGACGUCCGGCCGCCAUUCACGUACGCGUCGCUGAUCCGGCAGGCAAUCCUGGAGACCUCAGACAGGCAGUUAACACUGAACGAAAUCUACAACUGGUUCACCAGAAUGUUCGCCUAUUUCCGCAGGAACACGGCCACGUGGAAGAAUGCAGUUCGCCACAACCUGAGCCUCCACAAGUGCUUUGUGCGAGUGGAGAACGUGAAGGGAGCCGUGUGGACAGUGGACGAGCUGGAAUACCAGAAGAGGAGGCCGCCCAAGAUGACUGGGAGCCCCACCUUGGUGAAGAACGUGAUCACAGGCCUCGGCUACGGGGCAGCACUUAACGCAACCUAUCAGGCGGCCCUAGCUGAGAGCAGCCUGCCCUUGCUGGGCAGCCCGGGCCUGAUCAGCAACACGUCCACCAGUGGCCUGAUGAACGUGGGACACGACGACGUGAGCAGCACCGUGGAGCAGGUCAACAGCAACGGGAGCAGCAGCCCAGGCCUGUCCCCACCCCAGCACGGGCAUCAGCUACAUAUCAAGGAGGAGCCUGCGGAGAUGGAGGAGGAGGAGAGGCUGGUGUCCCUCACUGCCCCCCCGGUGGCCAGUGUGAACCCUGAGAUGCCGGACGGCAGAGAGCUGGAGGAGGAGCUCAGGGCCGAAGACUUGGAAUAACUCGCAGACUCUCGCACUUCAACUUUUAACAAGAAAAUCAUCACCGGGGAAGCCAGGACCUGGCGUCACACCUCAACCUCCAGCCGACAAGAGUACUUCCAGCCCCCCAGCCCGCCCUGUCCACACCCCACCAACCCACAUCACCGUCCUCGUCUGGAACCUAUACUCCACUGUGUGGUGUGUGAGCUGCAGCGACCGCACACAGACUCCCGGCGACAACGCUUGACCGAUGAUGGAGAACAUUCCCUGGGGGGGGGGGU